UGUCACAAUUCAAAAAAAAAUGUCACUCACAUUCCACCAACUAUGUCUUCUGCUACUAGCUUCAGCAUUUCUAUGGACACUAUCACUUUCUCUACAACAACCAUGUGAUUAUUCUCAAGGAAACUGGGUCAAUGAUGAUGAUUCCACUACCUUCUCUUACCCUCUCUAUGAUGCUUCAAAAGACUGUCCUUUCAUUGGUCAAGGUUUUGAUUGUCUUGGAAAUGGUAGAACUGAUAAAGAUUAUAUCAAGUAUAGAUGGAAGCCCUCGAGAUGUAAUCUUCCAAGGUUUGAUGGUGGGAAGUUUUUGGAAAGAUACAAAGGAAAGAAGAUAUUGUUUGUGGGAGACUCCAUAAGCAACAACAUGUGGCAAUCACUCACUUGUUUGCUUCACAUUGCAAUCCCAAAUGCAAAUUAUACCUUAACAAAACAAACAAACCAACUCACUGUGUUCUCAAUUCCGGAAUAUGAAGCUUCAAUCAUGUGGUUGAAAAAUGGGUUUCUAGUGGAUUUGGUUCAUGAUAAAGAAAAAGGAAGAAUAUUGAGGUUGGACACAAUUAGCUCAGGGAAUCAAUGGAAAGGUUUUGAUGUGUUGAUUUUCAAUACAUAUCAUUGGUGGACUCAUACUGGAAAAUCUCAAACAUGGGAUUAUUUUCAAGUUGGGAAUGAAUUAAUCAAGGAGAUGGAUCAUUUAGAAGCUUUUAAGAUUGGAUUAAGCACUUGGGCCAAAUGGGUUGAUUCCAACAUUGAACCCUCAAAGACUAGAGUCUUGUUUCAGGGAAUUGCUGCUUCUCAUGUUGAUGGAAAAGGGUGCUUGAGAAAAACUAAACCAGAUCAAGGACCAAUGCCACCUUAUCCUGGUGUAGACACUGUAAAGACUAUUAUAAGUAAAAUGGAGAAGCCAGUACAAUUGCUUGACAUCACUUUGCUAACACAGUUAAGGAGGGAUGGUCACCCGUCUAUCUACACCGGCCGCGGAGAAAGUUAUGUCGACUGUAGUCACUGGUGUCUUGCUGGUGUUCCUGAUACUUGGAAUGAAAUGUUGUAUGCUGCUCUUCUUGAAGAUUAGUGUUAAUUUGGUUUCAUUCUAUAUGUCUAUUAUGUGUUAUUCUUCUGCUUGAGCACAUAGCUACACAGGAUUGCUAGAAAUAUGAACCUUAACCAAAUGAGUUAACUUCAAGAAAAUGUAAGUAGACAUGCUAAUGUUUCUUUGCACUCAGAAGGAAUUGAAUAUUCAGUAGUUUUCUAGACCAAAAUAGUCAUAUGACUUGUUUCUAUACAAUGAUAUGAUUGAUGUUCCUUGAAAAA